CCCGGAACACGAAAUGUAAUAUUGUGAUUCAUCCACAUACCGCGUAUCAUACACAUACAUACAUACGUACUUCAAAGAUUCAAGCUUACGUUCUCAAAUAAUAUAUUUCAUUUCACUUCACGCGGCGACAGUACUGCCACAGCGAAUAGAAUCACAAUUCUUAACUGUAGCGCAACGUUAACUCGUUUUUGCGAAAAUGAAAAUACUUUCCGAGGAGACGAUGGAGCAGUAUUCUAAGACGAUAGGAGAAAGGAAUGAAGUUGACAAACUGGUGAUACUGCCACUCUUUGUCCAAGACAUCCUCGGUCAUAACGUCUUAAAUCCAAAAUGGAAAUGGACAACAAGGAUUCCACAGCAACUGUUCAUAGUUUUCUUACUCGUUUACGUGAUUUUGGGGACUAACGACUAUCUAAAAGAUGCCACAGACAUCAAUGACAUUGGCGAAGCAUAUUACACAUUCAUAAUCAUCCUAUUUUUCCCAAUAAAGUACUUGCUCUUCAUACAGAAUCGCUUUACCUUGCAACAACUGUACGCGAUGGCAAAAACGACCUUACUGGAAAUGAUAAAAGCAGAUUCCAGUGCGAAGUUAGACGAAUUGUUCGCUAAAAUAAAAUUGGCUGUGAAAAUUUUGUUUGGGACAAUAUUUUGGUCGAUAUCGGUUUAUUUUAUUGUUGCUAUGUGGAAUUAUGUACAGGGAACUAGAGUUACUUUGUCCAAGACUACGACUAUAUUGAUGCCUAUGACAAGUCCGUAUUAUGAGCUUGGCUUAGCCAUACAUACGGUGUUUCUCUUUGAAAUGGCAUUCACAUAUUGUGUGAUAGACCUCUGGUUCGUGGUACUAAUGUUUUCAUUCUGCACUGCUAUUGACAGUACUAUAAAUAGACUGAAGAUUGAAGGCAAGAGGUCUGAUGAAACAGAUGAGCAGUACAUGGAUCGUCUGAAUGAUGCUCUGAGAAUAUUUUAUCAAAAUCAUUCGAAAAUUAUGGAGUUUUUGUAUAUCCUCAGUGAAACAUACAAGUGGCCAGCAAUUAUCCCAAUAUUGGGGAUCCUGCUUGCAUUCUGUCUCAUAUUGCUGUGUAUGAGUGUGGAAGUGCAUUGGAUGUUUUUAUCGAACUUGAUUCCUACGACGACGGAAUUGUUUGCCUACAACUGGUUCGGUGAUCAAGUUAAAGAUAAGGGAACAGCAUUAAUCUUGGCUCUCUCAGAAUUUGAUUGGCCAAACAUGCGAACCAAAGAUAAGAAGAAUUACCUAAUUAUGGUGAGUUACAUGAACAAGGAGUUUCAAAUCAAAACCGCUUUGGGAUACGACUUGUCUCUGGUUACAAUGAGCUCAGUGUUCAAAGCAAGCUAUCAAGCAUUUGCAGUUCUUAAAACAGUAGAUCAUUAAUAAAGUUCUAUUCAAAUCUUUCAGCUGCACUUUCAAGCACUUUAGAAUUAAUCACAAUAAUGUACUAGAAC